UUGAAAAGAAAGUGCACCUUAUAUGAUGCAAGGACGCGUGUGGCGCAGUUGUUGGAGGUGCCACUGCGACACACACAUGGAAUCGAUCCCCGCGUUCAUGGCCCACCAAGCUCUCCCAUCUCUUCGGGUUACACACCAGACAAAAAUCGCAUAAGACGUUUUUUGAGUUGUGAUUCAAAUCUUCAUACUGUUUCAGAGUAUUCUGACACGGUUCAAAACACAAUCCAUGGUUUUAAUAGUGAUGAACUUCAACUGUUGUCGUUUGUUGAUGGUUACCAACCGGAAGAGAUUCAUCCUCGACCGUUACUGAGGCCGUUCGUGAUGGACUACAUACCAGCUAUCGGCGACAUCGACGCGAUGAUCAAAAUUCCGCGUCCGGACGAAGUUGAUGAUAACAUCGGUCUUAUACAACUGGAUGAGCCAGCUAUACAGCAAAGUGAUCCGACAAUACUAGCAAUGCAAUUACGUCAUGCUAACAAAGAAGUGAAUUCUCAAUUAGAUGCACCUGUGAAGCAACUGGAACGCGGUGACAAAUCUGCUCAUGAAAUCGACAAGUGGAUAACCGAUAUAAAGGAACUUCAUCGUACACGUCCUUCGCAAUCCACUGUACACUUUCGUGGUCCAAUGCCUGACAUUGAAAGUCUCAUGCAGGAAUUUCAUCCACAUUUCGAACGCUGUCUUGAAGGAGUGAAGAUGCCGUCAGCUGAACUUGAUGUUGACCUGGAGGAGUACACGGAUAUCUGCCUCAAUCUCGUUGACGUUCCGGUCUCACGUAGUCGUAUUCAGUCACUUCACUGCUUUUUUUCGUUGUACAGAGAGUUCAGAAACUCACAACAUUUCAAGAACCUCACCCGCAACGCCACUGAAAAACGCAAAACGGUUGAUCGAAUGGAGCUGUGA